AUGGAUCCUUUUUCCCUAAUAGCUUCCCAUAGCAGUGAAACAAUAGACAUAGGGUGUUCUGAGGUUCCUAAACCGGUGGAAAGGCGCAAGUGGACAACCAAGGAAGACGUGGUGCUGAUCAGUGCUUGGUUGAACACUAGCAAGGAUCCCAUUGUGAGUACUGACCAGAAGGCAGGGGCGUUUUGGAAGAGAAUUGAAGAGCACUUCAAUGCUAGCCCUCAACUCGUUGGCUCCGUUCCUAGACCGUGGGGUCAAUGUAAGCAGAGGUGGGGAAGAGUCAAUGAGCAGGUUAACAGGUUUGUCGGAAGCCAUGAAACCGCAUUGAGGGAGCAAGCGAGUGGCACUAAUGAGAAUGAUGUCAUGAAGGCGGCCCAUGAUAUCUUCUUCAAUGACUAUAAAGUCAAGUUCACCAUGGAACAUUGUUGGAGGGAACUGAGGUUUGAUCAAAAAUUGAGAUCAAACGUUCUCUCCAAAGAAGGUGCGAAGGAGAAAAGGAAGGACCCUGUGGAGGACGUCGGUGAGGAGGAAGAUGUGAGGCCUCCUGGUAUAAAGGCAGCCAAACGCAAGAAGCACAGGAAAGAAGCAGCUUUUGAUAAGAUAGAGACCAUACUAGCAGAGAAAAAAACCAUUUCCAAACAGAAGCUGCUUGAACGCCUGCUAGGCAGAAAAGUUGAGACACUUUCUGAUGAAGAAGUCGCGGUUGCAGGAGGUGGAUGCGUGUGGAGGUUGAUGCGUGUGGAGGUGGAUCCUUGUUCAGUCUAUAUAAAGCAACACUAUUUGCUGAACAUCAAGAAUCCACCAGAAAAGAUAGUUAGAAACCCAGCUCUACUAUGGGACAAGAAAAAGAUAGGAAAGAUUAUGAGAACUUGUGUCAUAUUGCACAAUAUGAUAGUAGAGAACGAACGAAGCGGAUACGGUCAAAUUGAUACUUCUGAGUUCGAGACAGGAGAGUCAAGCAGAAGUUCCCAGGUGCAAGGCACAACAAGUUUUAAUAUCGGUAAUAUCAGCCGUGUCAUUCGCAAUGAGGUUCGGGAUUCACAGAUACAUGCUCGUUUAAAAGCUGAUUUAGUUGAAAAUAUAUGGCAAAAAUUUGGUAAUGUUGAUGAAUAA